AUGGGGUUUAAUGAUAAACACAACAAUGCUGGUGGAAGCGACCCGGAUUUCGGUGCGAUCUUUAUGUCCAACAGUGGAACGAAACGAGAGUGUUUAAGGAGUGGAGUAUUUGGGCUUCCGGCUUCUUAUAUUCCGUUUGUUGAGAAGAUUAAAUCUGGGACGACUUUGUUUUUAUUUGAAUAUGAGAAGAAAUUACUUCAUGGUGUUUUUAUGGCUACUUGUGAUGGUGGAAUCAAUAUUGUUCCUAACGCAUUUGCUUCGACAGGGAUGAAAUAUCCUGCUCAGGUUAAAUUUGUUCCGGUUUGGAAAUGUAAGCCACUCCCUGAAAAGAUAUUCUGCCAUGCAAUCAUAGAGAAUUACUUUGCCAAUAACAAGUUUAGCUUUGGGCUUUCUGAAAAUCAGGUCGAAAAGCUAUUACAUUUGUUCAACAUGAACAAGCUAGAACCUGAGGUUCCUAGGAGACAUAUGUCGAAAGCAGAAGAUAUGAGAUCAGAACGGCACUCAGUGGGUAAAGUUGGAAAAUCUGUUUCUCGUGGAAUGCUUGACGAAAGUGUUCAAGAUGAUCAUGUUUUGGGAGAUGAUAAUUUACCCUUCUUGAGGCAUAACUACCCAGGAGAUUCUGCACGCUUCAAUGAAUUCAGCGCAGAUGAUAUUUUAGUAAACAAACGAAGAAGAAGGUCUUCAGAGCUUGGAGUGGAUUAUACAAGUGGAGAUGCUCGUGAAUAUUUGCAAUCAAAAGAUGAAAGCAGACUUGCUGCACGCAACAAUGAAGAUUAUAUAGAUAACUAUAACUGUGCUGCCAAGCUCCAGCCAGAUACUGCAAGCGGAUAUGUUGGUGAUUAUUCGGCAAUAAGAGAUUACAGCAGGUUUUCUUCCCACGAGAACAAAGAUUAUACUGAUACACAUCUCAGGCCAUACACCAUAAAUGGAUACUCCAAAGUUCCUUCUGACAAAAUUAGAGUUUAUGGUGAUGGCAGGUCAUCGGUUAGUGACCAGCUGAUGGGUGAAGACCUAAGGAAGACUGAUGAGAGGAUGAUAUUUUCUGACGAUAUUCCUAGUUUACGUGGUUCCAAUGUCGAUUUGCCUAUCUACAGCAAGCCUAAUUUAGAGCCAAAUUCUUUGGUUGAAAAUCAUCUCUGGUCAACUUCUGCUAUGAUUCACCCAUUCCAUCUAAACACUUCUUAUGUACCACAAGGAAUCGAGAGUUCUAUCCCGUACAAGUCAGAAGCUCCCAGCUUCUCGUCUUUUGGAAUUGAAAAUAGUUCUGAGUCAAUGAGACCACCAGGAGACGAGAAUUCUAUUCUGUACAAUUCAGAAGCCCCUGCCUUAAACUUCAGACAAUUAUUGUCGUUUGGAAUUAAUAAUGAUUCUGAACCAAUGAGAGAAAGAUUUUCUCCUUCAACCAACUGCAGAAGGAAUUUAGUGAGUAGGGAACAUCAACUCAUGCAUACGGAACUGAAAGACAGUCACAGAUGGAACAGUAUUGAUGAUUGUUUUUCAAAUUCUAUAUCGUAUGGUAGUAACAGGGAUUGCACGCCUUUCAAUGAAGCUCGGAAUUCUGACCUAUUGGCAUCAGAAUCUGCUUUAUAUGAGGCUCGCAAUACCAUUCCUUCCUUUAAAUAUUCACCAGCUCCCGUCCCUUCUUCAGAUAUUGGAAACAGUGGAAGGACACAUGAACCGUAUUCUUCAUUGUUCCAUGACCACAAUUCAUAUUUAGACAAUAAUGUUCAUCCCAUGGCAUUGCAAAACCAUCUGAGUCAUGAGAUAACACUACUAAAAAACAAUGAAACACCAAAUCCAUAUGUUGAUUCAUUGCCAUUGGAUCAUGGAUAUGAUAUUGGAUGUUAUAGUGAUUCUCUAAAUAGCAAUUGCGGUCAUCCAAAGAGAAAAAGUAGUGUGUUUUCUCGUUUAUCUGUUCACCAGGAUGUUAACAAACAAGGAAAGGGAAACUAUGCACAGAUUGAAGAUUAUGAUUUCAUUACUUCAGUGGAUGAAGUGAUGAAAAUGGUUCGUCAGACAAAAAGAAAGCCAAAGCCCAGUCAACACAACAAUGCAGAAAGUUUAAGGGGUAAAACUCAAAUCAGUAGUCAGAGGAAGAAGAGUGAUUGCGUUGAAAGUGCAUUGGAACACAACAAGGAUGAAAGUUUAAGGAAUAAAACUCAAAUGAGCAGUCCGAGGAAGAUGAGAGACUGCUUCGAAGAUGUCUUGGAACACAAUGAGGAUGAAAGUUUGAGGAAUAAAACUCAAAUCAGUACUCUGAAGAAAAAAAAGAAGGGGGAUUGCUUUGAAAAUACCUUGGAAAAUCUAAAUAUGGAUUCUACAACUCUGACUGGAGGCAGUCCUAAAACAAAAGCUGAUAAGGCACAUUUUGUUGAUUUCAAGCGUCGAAGCAUGGUGAGGAAACAUAAUGACGAGACUGAGAGAAGCUCCAAUGAGAGUAAAAAGAGUGAGAACUUGGUGCUUGUGCAACAAAAGAAAAGAAAGUUAAUCCGACCAAAUUUCAACAAGAGUGUAUCUUUUGAAGACAAAGACCUUGGCGCUCCUCGAAAUUUACAACUACCAUUGCCAAAUGGAAUCCGUAAUCAUAAAGAUGUCGUUGAAAGCUGUAGUAUACUGGUGAGCCAAUGUGGUUAUGAUGUUAAAGCAGAGGCUGAAGUGCAAAAUGUCAUUGAUCCUACACAUUCUGAAGGCAAGAAUAGUAGUCAUGCUACAGAAUUUAUCUGUAGCAAAGAGGGAGAAAAAUCAAAUUUUCAAAAUGUUGUCUCCUCAGCUUCUUGCAAUGAGGAAAGUUAUCGUACCAAGGAAAAUCCAGGUAUGAUGGAUAAUGUGAAGUCAGCAUCCAUGGAGAUGGAAUGCUUGCAUGCAAUUUGUCAAGAAAAAGCAAACGUGGGCACCCUUUUUUCAUUAAAUGAUAGAUCAGAAUGUGUGGAUAACAAAAAUCACCAAAAGGUUUUGUCCUCAGCUUCUUUCAAAGAAGAGAGUUCUCAUGCCAAGGAAGGUUCAUGUCUGAUGGAUAAUAAGAAACCAUCAUCUCUGGAGAUGGAAUCCUUGCAUGCAAUUUGUCAAGAAAAAGCAAACACUGGCACCCUUCUGAAAAACAAAUCACCUGGCUCCCUUCUUCCAUUAAAUGAUGGAUCAGAAUUUGUGGAUAACAAAAAUCACCUAAAGGUUUUGUCCUCAGCUUCCUGCAAAGAAGAGAGCUAUCAUAUCAAUGGGGGUUUAUUUAUGAGGGAUAGUACAAAAUCAGCAUCCUUGGAGACGGAAUCAUUGAAUGCAAUCUGUCAAGAAAAUAAUGCAGACAAGUUCAUACGUGCUGACAGAGGUAUUGGUGCUGAUGGAGAAAUGCCAAAAGAUUGUGGCUUCAUCUCCAUUGAAGCUAAAGAUGGAUCUGAAUAUUUAGGGAACUCUGGUAGUGAAAAAUCUUCAAUUGAAACUUGUCACGUCGAGGCUUGCAUAUAG